AUGGAUUCUUCGUUUAUGAUCUUUAUUGGCUUUUUUGUUUUUACGAUCUCUUUUGCUAAUGCUUGUGAUCGAUGUAUCCAUCAAUCUAAAGCUGCUUAUUACUACAGUGAUGAUCCUAUUCAAUAUGGGGCAUGUGGCUAUGGUUCAUUGGCAAAUGAAUCUUUCCAUGGAUACAUUGCUGGUGCAGUGCCUUUGCUAUACAAACAAGGAGCUGGUUGUGGUGUUUGCUUUCAAGUAAGGUGCAAGAACAAGAAGUUGUGCAGUCCAAUAGGAGCUAAAAUAGUUUUGACAGAUCAAAAUUAUGAUAAUCGAACUGAUUUUGUUCUUAGUAGAAAAGCUUUCUCAGGAAUGGCUCGCUGGGGCAUGGCUCAACAACUUUUGCAACUAGGAAUGGUUGAUAUCGAAUACAAGAGGGUACCUUGUGGAUACAAAAACAAAAAUUUGUUGGUGAGAAUUGAAGAAUGGAGCAACAAGCCUUACUACUUAGCCAUGAAAUUCCUUUACCAAGGUGGCCAGACAGAAAUAAAAUCAGUUGACAUUGCUCAAGUUGGUCGUUCAGAUUGGGAAGGUUUGAAGAGAAACUAUGGAGCUAUUUGGGAUACAAGUAAAGUACCAGAAGGAGCAUUGCAACUAAGACUUGUGGUGACUUCAGGAUAUGAUAAUGAGAAUUGGAUUUGGACAAAUUAUGAAAUUCCUGCCGAUUGGAAAAGUGGAGAAACUUAUGACACAGGAAUUCAAAUUGAAGAGAUUGCCAAAGAAUCUUGCUCUCCAAGAGAAUGUGGGGAUAGAAUAUGGAAAUGA